GGCUAGCUAGCCAAGCGCCGCCAUGCCCGGGGACCACCGCCGUAUCCGCGGGCCCGAAGAGUCGCAACCGCCGCAGCUGUACGCGGCGGACGAGGACCAGGAGCCCGACGCCCGUGAUCCAACUCGGCUGCGGCCUGUGUACGCGCGCUCUGGGCUGCUAAGCCAGGCCAAGGGCUCGGCCUACCUGGAGGCGGGAGGCACUAAGGUGCUGUGUGCGGUGUCCGGCCCGCGCCAGGUCGAGGGUGGCGAGCGCGGCGGUGGCCCGGCGGGAGCCGGAGGCGAGGCCCCAGCCGCGCUGAGGGGACGUCUGAUCUGUGACUUCCGCCGUGCACCCUUUGCGGGUCGCCGGCGCAGCCCUCCCCAGGGCAGCGGCGAGGAACGCGAGCUGGCGUUGGCCCUGCAGGAGGCUUUGGAGCCGGCUGUGCGCCUGUGCCGCUACCCACGUGCGCAGCUCGAAGUGUCAGCUCUGCUGCUGGAAGACGGUGGCUCGGCGCUGGCAGCCGCUCUCACGGCCGCCGCGCUCGCCCUGGCCGACGCGGGCAUUGAGAUGUACGACCUGGUGGUGGGUUGCGGCCUGAGCCGCGCGCCGGGGCCCUCGCCCACCUGGCUGUUGGAUCCCACGCGGCUCGAGGAGGAGCGCGCCGCUGCCGGCCUCACUGUGGCUCUCAUGCCCGUGCUCAACCAGGUGGCCGGGCUGCUGGGCAGUGGGGAGGGGGGCCCGACCGAGAGCUGGGUCGAGGCCGUGCGUCUGGGUCUCGAGGGCUGCCAGCGCCUCUAUCCUGUACUGCAGCAGUGCCUGGUGCGGGCUGCCCGCCGGAGGAGCGCCGCCGCCCAGUCCUGAACCAGAAGCCAAAGAAGUGACAGACGCCUCUUCUCCCCCAAAGGACCUGCACAGUCGGCUUCCAGACUGCACCGCCUUGAGAACUCAGAACAAGAGGGAGGAUUUGGGGAGGCGGGCACAGAACUGAUGCACUGGGCCGCUGUGUUGGAACGAUUUUUUUGCAAACUGUUCUGUUAAAGAUGGUUUUCUGCUUGAGCUGGCCCCCAACUGUGACCUAGUUAAGAAACCUGCGAAUGCAGUCUGACUCCCAAGUUGAAAAGGACUUCAGCUGGGCUUACCUGGAAAACGGGACCUGAAGGUACUGCUGUUUUGUGAGGGAUGGACCCUAUGCAGGCCGGCCAUAACUUCCUCCUAUGUAACUGGCCUGCGUUUGAGGGAAUGGACAAGGGGGCUGUGCCUCUCACUUAUAUCUGAGCUAAAACAAAACACAAACCCUUUUAUACCUGAAAAAGCCUUAUAUUGUGGUUCUUCUUGGUACAGGAUUUAAAAGAGCAAGGCUCUGCCGA